AUUAAUCGUUAGGCUUAUUAGUAUUGAAACUUAUCUUUAUUAUCCAAUACUAACAUGAGUUUUGUUUGAGUGCAUCUAUGUUCUGUAGAGUAGUGCUAACCGGUUCUCCAACUGCAACCGUAUAAAACGAUUUUUACAGUUCCUUAAAACUCAGUACGUUUUGAAACUUACUACAACGUUUACUUCUUCCAUUUACAAAUAUCUCCUCGCAAAUGAAGAAAAUCACAGUAGUUGUCGCCGUUGCUUUGCUGUUAGUGCAAGUCGUCAACACAUUUCCACAUGUUAAACGGGAAUCUGUAGAGGUUGCGGUCAAUGGAGAUAGCAUCAAAGACUCCUCGUCUAAGGAUGAUCAUGUUAAACGUGAAUCUGUAGAGGUUGUGGUCAAUGGAGAUAGCAUCAAAGAUUCCUCGUCUAAGGAUGAUCAUGUUAAACGUGACUCUGUAGAGGUUGCGGACAAUGGAGAUAGCAUCAAAGAUUCCUCGUCUAUGGAAGAUCAUGUUAAACGUGAAUCAGUAGAGGUUGCGGUAAAUGGAGAUAGCAUCAAAGAUUCCUCGUCUAAGGAAGAUCAUGUUAAACGUGACUCUGUAGAGGUUGCGGACAAUGGAGAUAACACCGUAGACUCCUCGUCUGAGGAAGAUCAAGCAUCAUCAGAAAUUUUGAUCUAUGUUGUAGGAGCGAUAGGUAAGCUAUCUAAAUGGAUGCUUGAAAAUGGAAGCGUUCUGAUUAAAAAUACUGUUAAGGAUCUGGAGAAGCUACCAAACAAAGAUCAAUUGCUACAAGCCAAUAUCACACGUAUGUCAAAAAUAGCCAAAGAGGCCUCGGAUUUUAAACUGCAAGAAGAUGGAGAGAACAUUUUACAACUAUUUGAAAAUAUUGGUAGUUUUUCGGAAGUGUUAUCUGACUAUGAAAGCAUGCCUGACGAUUCAGACUUGAAACUCACAUUGAAAACGGCUCUUGAAAAUAAUGGCUAUGAAAAGUUCCAGAACGAACUUGAAGAGCAUAUUGUGAAUUUAGUUGAAGAGUUCGAUGUAUUAUUUGGUGAAUAUGUGAAAGGUUUAAGUCCAGACGAAAAGAUAGAGCAAGCCAACUUGCUUAACUGGUAUGAAGAAUUAACUAACGAAACUGAUGAAAAUGAAAAAAUUGACAAGUUUAGCGAAAUCUUUGACUUGCUUUAGUCAAAGAAAAGGAACAAUUGAAAUGAACCUGCUUUAAAGAUACAUUUUGCAUGAGUUUGAUUUAAUAAUCUUAUGCAGUUAUUAUUAUAAAAUAUUACGAUUAUAAUACAAAUAUUAAAAUGUAUAUUUUUUAUAAAUAAAAUUAUUUAAUGUGUGCUUAUAAUAUAAUAUGGAAUAUAUUCUACCAACCGGUUUGGCA